AUGAGUGGCAGAGGCCCCCCCAUCAAGUCUGACUGCCGUAAGGCAGAGGACCACAACAGGGAUCGGGACCUCCUGCCGCCCGCCCCCUCAUCUUCAGCCUGGUCUCCUUUGUAUGAUAGGGACCGGGCUGCUUUACAUGUAAGCCGCAAGCGGCUAAAAGCACUAUUUGCUCCGCUUGCGGGAGCUAUUUCAACUCGCUCCGAUCUAGACACAUGCUCGGAACAAGUAGUACCGCCUUCUGAACUCGCGGCAAUGACGGCUGCACUUUCAUACGAGCGAGUAUGUGAGAAGGCAUGGGAAGAGGGUGGUGGUUUCCCCGCUGACACCAAUUAA